GCGAAGUCGCCGUACUCGUUCCGUCCCCGUCUCUUCAUCAACAUCUGUUUAGCGGUCAGUCGAGACAAUGUUGAUCGCCUACCUAGCCACCAUCCCUCUACUAAUCACUAGUGCUUAUUCCCUACAAUGUCAUACUGGUUACUCUUUGAUAAAAGGAUCAACGAUAGGAGAGGCGACAAAAGAAUGCGGGAAGGAUACAGAUUACUGCUACAAUGCUACUGCUCAAGUCUUCUCAUUCAGCAAACUACAGAAGGCCGGCUGCAACACAAUGAUUUGUCAGUUCAUUCCUGACGGAUGUCAAGAACGCGAAAUCCUUGGAGUGCCAGUUAUAUUCUGCUGUUGUAGAAAUGAAGAUUUUUGUAAUCGAGGGAACAUGACUGGAGUCACGCCCCUGGCCGAACGUGGUGCAGCGGUAUUAAAGGAAAUGGUGAACUUGUUUGACUGAUCGGAUGUCAAAUGUCAAAUCUGCCUCCGCAUUCCUAUCGAAAUAUAACUCUAAUUUUUACCAUUGUGAUAUCUCAAGUAGCGUAAUCUUUUUGAAGCCGGUAUCAAUUCCAACUUUCUUGUUAUUUCUUGCUAAUGGACUAGUUUUACAUUUAUAUAUCAGUUCUUCGACCAAUGAUCCCUUCGCAUUUGGCACGAUUGUAUUUUUAUUGCUUACUAAUCACAUUAAUAAACCUGAAUGUACUUACUGCCCU